GCCGCAGCUUCAGGCGGACUUCAGUUCGUCCUCGGGCGCAGGGAGCGCAGCAAGCCGCGCGUGGCCGCACACCUAACUGCACGGGAUAAGUUUUUAUCCGGAGGGACUUUUCUUCUUCUUCUCCUCGUUUCAUCUGCUCUGCCUCUGCUUUUCGCACAGAAACGUCCAAGAGGUCACUUUUGAGAAGUUGUUCAAGUCGCAGGCGGAUUAAACCCGCCGAGGAAACGCAUCAAGUGGAUUUUACGCACCUGGCUCCUCGUGGCGCAGAAACAGGAGGCUUUUUGAAUAUUUUUUUUUUAACCAACUGUUAAAAACCAUCUUUGUUUGAUUAGACCACCUUUUUGUGGUAAACUCUGCAGAGCUUUAAGGAUGUGACUCUUUCGGGAUUACUAGGACAUGCUUUGGGGACAUGCAGCUGGUAAAAAUGUUACGGGGUCGUUAAAUUUAUUGGAACGUGACUGCCGGAUAUGAACUUUCUCCGUAAUGAUUGCAGGAGUGCUGGUGAAUGAUUGACAGCGUGCAGGGCUCUGGGUCCACUGGCUCCUCCAUCAGAUAUCAGUUUUAACCUUCAACAGGCUGACUGAAGCAUUCUCUCUCUGAGCAGAACUUUUUUUUAUUAUUACUGCUUAUCCAGAAGAUAAAGUUUCAGUCAUGAACUUGGGUAGAAUAAGCCCUGCUUUAUUUUAAUUGAUGUGAAGACUCUACAUUACCCUGAAACCAGAGACUUUUUUUUUUCAUCCAUGGCAUCAGCGGUGAGACUCGAGCUGCACAGCCUGGCGCUGUUUCUGCUCUUUGUGAUCUGGUCUCCCGGUUUCACGUCAGGAGCCUCCAAGAACCUGGUGUGCGAGCCCAUCACGGUGCCCAUGUGUAAGGGCAUCGGCUACAACCUCACCUACAUGCCCAAUCAGUUCAACCAUGACACCCAGGAGGAGGUGGGCCUGGAGGUGCACCAGUUCUGGCCCCUGGUCCGGAUCCGCUGCUCCCCGGACCUGCUGUUCUUCCUGUGCAGCAUGUACACGCCGAUCUGCCUGCCGGACUACAAGAAGCCGCUCCCCCCGUGCCGCUCGGUGUGCGAGCGAGCCAAGCGGGGCUGCUCCCCCCUCAUGAGCCAGUAUGGCUUCGAGUGGCCUGAGAGGAUGAGCUGCGAGCAGCUGCCCCAGCUUGGCGACGAGACCCUCUGUAUGGACCAGAACAGCAGUGAGACCACCACUCUGGCUCCCCCGUUCCCAAAGUCCACCCCCAAGGUCAGGACCAGACCUCCCAACCCAUCGCAGUGCGACAGGGAGUGCCACUGCAGAGACCCCCUGGUCCCCAUAAAGCGGGAGUCGCACGUUCUGUACGGCAGAGUCCAGACGGGCCCCUUGCCCAACUGCGCCCAGCCCUGUCACCUGCCCUACUUCUCCGCGGACGAGCGAGCCUUCACCAGCUUCUGGGUGGGACUCUGGUCUGUGCUGUGCUUCGUCUCCACCUCGGCCACCGUGGCCACCUUCCUCAUCGACAUGGAGCGGUUCAAGUACCCCGAGAGGCCCAUGAUCUUCCUCGCCGCCUGCUACCUCUUCGUCUCCUUGGGUUACAUCAUCCGUCUGGUCGCGGGUCACGAGCGGGUGGCGUGUGGCUCGAGCAGCCUCGGCGGGAGCCAGCUGCACAUCCUCUACGACGCGUCCGGCCCCGCUCUCUGCACCCUCGUCUUCCUGCUGGUGUAUUUCUUCGGGAUGGCCAGCUCCAUCUGGUGGGUGGUGUUGUCUUUCACCUGGUUUCUCGCGGCGGGGAUGAAGUGGGGCAGCGAGGCCAUUGCCGGAUACUCGCAGUACUUCCACCUGGCCGCGUGGCUCAUCCCCAGCGUCAAGUCCAUCAUGGUCCUGGCGCUGAGCUCUGUGGACGGCGACCCCGUGGCCGGAAUCUGCUAUGUUGGGAACCAGAGUCUGGAGAAUCUGAGGGGGUUUGUGCUGGCCCCUCUCGUGGUCUACCUCUUCACGGGCUCGCUUUUCCUACUGGCUGGGUUUGUCUCUCUGUUCCGGAUCAGGAGCAUCAUCAAGCAAGGUGGCACCAAGACGGACAAACUGGAGCGACUGAUGAUCCGCAUCGGGCUGUUCACCGUGCUGUACACCGUCCCCGCCACCAUCGUGGUGGCCUGCCUGGUCUACGAGCAGCACUACCGACCCGGCUGGGAGCGAGCCUUGGCCUGCUCCUGCCUGUCGGAGCGCCAGCGCUCGGGCUCGGGCCCAGACUACGCCGUCUUCAUGCUCAAGUACUUCAUGUGCUUGGUGGUGGGGAUCACCUCUGGAGUCUGGAUUUGGUCGGGAAAGACUCUGGAGUCCUGGAGGAGAUUCGUGUCCAGAUGCUGCCCCUGCUGGCCACAGAAGGUCACCGCACCCCCUUCCAUGUACAGCGAGGCCAGCACGGCCUUGACCGGACACACUCGGACUGGGUUGACAUCAGGGAUCUAUCAGAAAGCCCCCCCGUCACAUAUAUGAACCGCGUGGCGGCGUGAAACAUUUUAGAGAGCCGAUCGCUUGACGGGAUUGUGGACGAGAACCAGAACUGUGUGUUUGUGUCGUUUUACCCUAAAUAUCAAAACCUGAACAGGAAAUGUACUGAACGAAAAGAUUCAGAGCAUUGAGCAGCUCUUGGUAAUAAUAGUUGAAACAAGAGUAAAACGAAUAGGUUUCAGGUUCUGAAUCUUGAGAAAAUCUGAAAGUGAAUUUUUUUUUUUUUUUUGCACUGCAACUGAGACACUUGACCAAAUCUGACUCUCGCUCAACAACGACAACAACAACAAAAAAGGCAAUCGGAUAUUCCUGAGCACUGGAAAAAUAACAAAUAUAUAUUUAUUGUUGUACAUAUUGCAAAUAUUUGUUGUAAAGAGAAAAAAAAACACAAUAUGUUUAGUUUCUGUUUGAAAAAAAUAAUACUGCCAAGCUAUGUAUAAGAGACUACAGAAACAUUUUUUUUUUUUUGUGUGUGUGUGAUCUGGAGAAAUUGUCCAUAAAUGUGACGUUGUAGCUGUGUGAUUUGAGUUGUAGUGCUCGGUGUGAGUCCAAACUCGGUGUGUUCUUGGAAAUUCAUCACUGUGACAAUAGGAGCUGCCUCUGUUUUGUCUGUACGGUGAGCUCUACCACGACCUCUUUAGUUCUGUGAACUCAUUAAAGCGUCUUUGUGAACGGGGA